CGAUUCGACGACCCUUUGGAGCUUGAGAGAACGUUUUGCUGGAAAAAAUUGAACCAUGCCUGGACCUCUAACCAUUCCAGAGUCCAACUGCGAUGUGCUCAUUGUGGGCGCUGGCCCGGCUGGCCUCAUGACCGCGGCCUGGAUGGCGCGCUGCGGCAUCAACGCGCGCGUCGUCGACAAGCGCGGCACCAAAGUCUUCAACGGCCAGGCCGACGGUCUGCAGUGCCGCACGCUCGAGAUCUUCGACAGCUUUGGCUUCGCGGACCGCGCGUGGAAGGAGAGCAACCACAUGCUGGAGUUUUGCAUGUGGAAUCCGGGGCUUGAUGGCGUGUUGAGGCGCUCUGAUCGGAUUCCUGACACUAUGCCCGGCAUCUCGCGCUUUACAGAAUGUGUGUUGCACCAGGGCCGUGUGGAACGUUUCUUUCUGGACCAUAUGAAGCAGCACUCCAAUAUCGAAGUGGAGCGCGGUGUGCUUCCGGAAUCCCUGGAGAUAGACGAGUCCAAGGCUGAAGACGUUGCGGCAUAUCCCAUUACUGUCAAGCUACGCCAUUUGACAGAUGAAGAGGCUCAGCCUGAACAGAGCAAGGCGUCCAGCUCGAAGCUGCAGGAUGGGCUGUUCAGGAGUAAUCUCGCGCCAGACGACACUGAUGAUUUGAUCAGAAAGAGCAAGGGAAAAGAUGGGUCUGAAGAGAUUGUACACGCCAAGUACGUGGUAGGUUGUGACGGGGCACAUAGCUGGACGAGAAGACAACUGGGAUUCGAGAUGCAAGGAGAAGCUACCGACUUCAUAUGGGGCGUGCUUGAUAUCGUACCUAUCACAAACUUCCCCGAUAUCCGCAGUCGCUGCGCUAUCCACAGUGAAAACAAUGGAAGCAUCAUGGUGAUCCCGCGAGAGAACGGGCUAGUGCGCCUAUACAUCCAACUCAAGGAAAUCGUUCCCGAUGCCAGUGGGAGAGCCGAUCGGUCGAAGAUUACUCCUGAAGUCAUUCUGAAAGCGGCACAGCGGACAUUGAGUCCGUAUACACUGUCCUACGUGCAUUGUGAUUGGUGGACAGCAUACCAGAUCGGACAGAGAGUAGCCACAGACUUUGACAAAUGUCAACGUGUGUUCUUAGCUGGUGACGCAGUGCACACACACUCUCCUAAAGCGGGCCAAGGCAUGAACAUCUCCAUGCAGGACGGCUACAACCUUGGCUGGAAAAUUGCUGCAGCAGUCAAUGGCCGCUCGCCUCGUUCCAUUCUAAGAACAUAUCAAUCGGAGCGUCGGCGCAUAGCGCAAGACCUUAUUGCUUUCGAUCAUCACUUAUCGCGGCUCUACAGUAAGCGACCGGCCAAAGACGUCAUGGACACUGAAGGAGUUAGUAUGGAAGAGUUCAAAGCGGCUUUUUUGAAGGGCCAUAUGUUCACUACUGGCCUCACCGUUGACUAUGGUGGCAGUAUGUUGGUUGCCAAGCAGGGCGAGACCAAUGUCAAAGCUGGCAAGCAGCAUCUUGCUGCCAAUGUACCGCUGGGAAUGCGCUUCCCCUCUUUCAAAGUCAUGAACCAGGCGGAUUCCCGUCCAUGGCACUUCCAGGAGCGCCUGCCGAGCGAUGGUCGGUGGCGCAUCAUCCUCUUUGCGGGCAACAUCUCCAGCCCUGCGCAAAAGGAGCGCGUAGAAAAGUUCUGCGCUGCGCUCGACAAGCCGAGCUCCUUCCUCCAUCGUUUUACACCUGCCAGUGAACCCAUUGACUCGGUCAUCGAGAUCUUGACGGUGCACUCGGCGAAGAGGUAUGAGACGGAGCUGCUGCGCGACUUCCCCGAGAUUUUGCACCCGUUCAGUGAGACGAGAGGCUGGGCAUACGACAAAGUGUAUGUGGACGACGAGAGCUACCAUGAGGGUCACGGGCAGGCAUACAAGAACUACGGUGUGAACGCCGAGAGAGGAUGCGUGGUCGCGUUACGGCCUGACCAGUACGUGGGGUGGGUGGGUGAGUUGGAGGAUGUGGCGGACCUGGAAGGCUUCUUUGGCGGCGUCUUGCUGGAAAGGAAGUAGCCACUGUCGAACUGUCUAUGGCCGCUCGACAAAUCAAAACCAAAUCUUCUGCCCCCGUGCCGGCGUUCUCUCUCCAUCGUCUAUCCAUUGAUUGUCUAUCCGUCUUCUAUCCAUGAGACCCGCUUCAAACCCACUGGGCCGCCCCAACCCCGUCAAGCCGGCCCCCGCCAUUGUUACACCAGCUACUGCUAAAAAGCCGUCUUUUUC